AUGGCAACAUUGAGCAGAAUAACAAAUGGUCUAUUUCAAGAUUUUAGAGCGUCAGAAUCAAUAACAGCAGCAACAACUACGUCAACACCUUCUCCGAUAUUCACAUCAUCACCAGACGAGGAAAUUAUUCCCAAUCUACUUUUAGUAUUUCACCAGAAACUCGAUCGUGGAUUCUUUUUUGAAGAUAUUGCCACAGAUAUAAGAACAAUAAUUCACGGCAAUAAUAUAACACUAGAGUUAGCAUUCAAUUUACUCAUCAUCAAAGCCAAUGACUCUGAAAAACCAGCUAAAUGGCUAUGCCUAAUAGGAUUCUUUUAUCUGUUCGGGAUUGGCGUUGAGCUGAACGUUGAGCUGAACUAUAAAAUAGCAUUCACAAUAUUUAAUAAUGCGGUCGAGGGUGAUGAGGAUGGUUACGCGCAGCUAUUCAUUGGAUAUUGUUAUCAAUUCGGAUUUGGGAUUGUCAAAAACUCCACGCGACAAGAGUCCUGGUUAAAAAAGUCAGCUGCAAGUCGGAAUCCAAGAGGACAACAGAAUUUAGCGCAAUUUUAUUUUGAUUCGAAUAGAUCGAAACAGGAAAAACAUUAUUGGCCAGCUUUUUAUUGGUUUCGAGAAGCUGCGCUUGCCGGAAAUGAAAGUAGUCAACAGAUUUUGGCAGAGUAUUUUGAAGUGGGUGAUGCGUGUAAUAAAGAUAUUUUCACGGCCAUCAAAUUGAAUAGACGUUGUAUAAAGAGAACUGACCUAGUGGGACUGUUUGCAACGCAUAAUUUGAGUAGAAUAUUUUCUUCUUGA